AUGGCUCGUACCAAGCAGACCGCUCGUAAGUCGACCGGAGGAAAGGCUCCUCGUAAGCAGUUGGCCACAAAGGCCGCUCGUAAGAGUGCACCCUCGACCGGAGGCGUCAAGAAGCCGCAUCGUUACCGCCCGGGUACGGUCGCACUGCGUGAGAUUCGUCGUUACCAGAAAUCAACGGAACUGUUGAUCCGCAAGCUGCCCUUCCAGCGUCUGGUGCGUGAGAUCGCUCAGGAUUUCAAAACCGAUCUGCGCUUCCAGAGUGCCGCCAUUGCUGCGCUGCAGGAAGCAAGCGAAGCUUACCUGGUCGGACUGUUUGAGGAUACCAAUCUGUGCGCUAUCCACGCGAAACGCGUCACGAUUAUGCCCAAGGAUAUUCAAUUGGCUCGUCGUAUCCGUGGAGAACGCGCUUAA